AUGUCAAGUGGAAACGAGUCGGAUGAAUCUGCUCCGCGUGUAUCCACGGGCGUUGCGUUGGAUGCGAACUUUCAUCGGUAUGACAGUGGAGUUGUGGUAAUUGGAAAGAACGACCGGUGGAAAGGGCUGAACGACCUUCUAUCUGGAUCGUUAUUCAAUGACGAUCCCGAUUUCGGCGAGAACGUAUGCUGCAGGGAGAAUGGAACCAACGGCAACAAUAGGAGUCAGACAACUCAAAAUCCUACUCCACCUCUGUCUGUUAUUGCAGAAGAAGGCGAUGAAUAUGAGGAUGGUUCAGAUGGAUCUUCUCUCUUUAGCCCUUGCUCACCCGGUUGGCCCUACUCGCUAGGACACGAUCCGUCAUCUUCAUCAUCUAUCUUCCUAGACGAUGCCUAUCCUGAUACGACCUCUCAACAGUCAGAAUAUUGUCCCCCUUUGGACCCUAAUGACACUGAUAGAGUCAAAGAUGGUUCAUUGGUUCUCUCCUCCCCUCUUGACAGCGGUAGCGAGGCAUUCGACUUAGAAGAGGUUCCUGACAUACGGUUUGGUAGUAUGACGGUCACUUACCAUAUGUUGAUGCGACCUGAUUGA